AUGGACAAAGCUAUGCAGACCUCAGUUAAAACCAUGAUUGUCGAGUCCGUCCAAGCCGCAACCGCUCCAUUGCUAGACAUGCUGCAGGCAAUGACCAUCCAAAUUGAGGACAUGUCCAAAGCCCAGGUCAGUACAACCCAAACACAAAUAGAAUCAGACGCUGAAACCGCCAAGAAAAUGCAAGAGGAAGAAAUUGAAAGGGUCCGGUUCCAGAAGGAGACUGAAGAAAGAGAUUUUGAACUCGCUCAAAAGUUUACCGAGGAGGAACAGGCCAACAUCCAGGAACUUCCACUGGUUCAAUCGUCCCACUCAAUGGAUACACGGAAUAAGAAAAAACGAAGCACAGUUAAGAAAGUGAUCAAGCGGGCAGAACAAAGAACAGUUGUACCGGUCGUGAUAAAUGCGCAACCGCUUGAUGAAGAAGAAGAAGAAGAUGCUGAGGAACUUAACCGGCGAAAGAGAAGGGCAACUGCAGGCUCACCCUCAACUCCAAGCUUCAGACCUUCUAAUGCUCCACCGCCUCCACCACCAAAACCGGUUUGCGCCAAUUUUGGGUUCAAGAAAAGGGGUACCGGCCACUCAAGUGUAUGGGCCGGAGUGCUGAUUGAUGCUGAACGUCGUGAUAGAGAAUGGAAGGCAAGAGAAGACGAGGAAAGAAGACGGUUGGAAAAGGAACUUGAAAAAGAAAAAGAGUUUCACAAGGGGGGAUCAUCCAAGCCCUAA